AUGAUAUCAAGAGUUUUAAAAAAAGGUUUCAUUAAUAAUAAUAAUAAUAUAGAUAAGAAUUUAAAAUUAUUUAUAAAUAGAAGUUAUUGUAGUGGUUCACAAAAUAAUAAUAAUAAUAAUAAUGGAAUAUCAACAGAAAUUAAUGAUUUACCAAUUUAUUUUCAUAGAGAUUUACAAUCAAAUAAAGAUAUUUUCAUGAUUGGUAGUGUUCAUACAUCAAGAGAUAGUGCAACUCAAGUUCAAAAGUUUAUAAGAGAUGUUAAACCAGAUGCUUUAGUAUUAGAAUUGGAUGAUUCAAGAUUCAAUAAAAUUCGUAAUGAUAUUCAUAAUAAAGAUUUAAGUACUUAUAAAACACAAUCAAAUGAAGAUGAUUCAUUUUUACAAAUGUUAUUUGGAAACCUUUUUGGAGGUCAAUCAUCUCCAUUUGCUGGAGUAUUAAUUAAAAAUUUUAAAAAAUUUCAAAAUACAAUGAAAACAUUUGGAUUAAUUCCAGGAUUAGAAUUUUAUUUUGCAAUUAAAGAAGCGGAGAAUUUAGGUUGUGAAAUUAUAUUAGGUGAUGUUGAUUCAAAUAUUACAAUCAAUAAAUUAUUACAUGCAGCUCCAAGUGAAUUUUUCUCGAAAUCUAAUGGUAUUUCACCAGAUAUGGAAAGACUUAAUCAAUUAAUGUCACCUUUAGUUCAUAUAAUGAUGAAAGAUGGUGCAACAGAGAAAGAGAUUGAAGUUGAAUAUAAAAGAAUAUUAAAUAAUAAAACUUUGAAUGAAGUAAGAUCAAUCUUUGAAAAAGAGUUACCAAAAACUUAUGAAGCAUUAUGUAUUGGUAGAGAACGUCAUAUUACUCGUUCCAUAAAACAAUCGAAGGCAAAUACAAUCGUUGUUGUCGUUGGUGCACUUCAUGUUGAUGGUAUUAAAAAAUUAUUAAAUUUACCUUUAAAUGAUAUUCCUAAAUCAUUACCACCACCUCCAAAAUCAUCAAUCCAAGGUUUACUUGGUGCUUUUGGUUUAGGUGGUGGUGGUAGUGGUGGUAUUAACGGUGGUUUUGGUAAUAUGAUGAAAGGAUUGUUGGGUAAUAAUAACAAUAAAUAA